AUGGAGUCGAGCCAAGCCAAGCCCUCACGUCCCCGAGAAAGCCUCGAGAUUCUCUUCGACCAUGAGCUCACAGACACCCCAGGGAAGUCCAUCGUCGGGGUACAGAUUAAAUACCUGCCAAAUGGGUUUACACCACCCCAUCGCCAUGGUAGAGCCACGGUCAUCGGUAUCAUACAAGAGGGCGAAGUCCUCAGUGGGAUGAAUGGCAACCCGCCUAAGGUGUACAACCCUGGAGAGAGUUUUAUCGAGCUACCGGGAUGCCAUCAUACUGUGGGAGAAAAUUAUAGCAUGGAGAAUAAUGCGAGGCUUAUGGCGAUAUUUGUGAUUGAUACUGAGGUCCUUAAGACUCAGGGCUACGCUGCACUGACCCAGUUUGACUAG